AUGAAUGUGUUGAGUUUUUCAGCGGCUGUGACCCUCUGUGUUGUGGGACUGACACUGGCCCAAAACAAUGAUCCACCAUCAUUUUGGAGUUUUUUAAAUUUCCAAUGGAACGCGGAUGGAGAUAAAAGUACCUCCGGCUUUCUGAAUUCGAAGGACACUGGAGGCAAUGGUGGAGGCAAUGUUGAAUCUAACAACGUGUGUGUGGCAGACCAAGCGGCGUGUGGCUGCUGUCUCAUGCAUCAGCAGAUCGACAGGAUGAAGAAAAGCUUUAACUACAGCCUUUCCUUAAUGGAGAACCAACUCACCCAAGCAGUGAACGCACUGAGCCAGUUCAGAUCCGCUCGUAGUGCAGUCUCUGUCGCUCUCUUCACUGACAACACACAGAAAUGCUACGGCCCCUUCAGAGACGACACCCUGGUUAAGUACAAACACAUCUUUCUGGACCUGGGAAACCACUACGACGCUUCCAAAGGGGUCUACACUGUCCCGAUCACUGGGGUCUACAGCUUGUCUGUCACAGUCUACAGCAACGCCGGGGCCCCUGGGAACACUCUGGCUGCCUGCGCUACUCUCCAGGUGAACGGCAGGUCACUGAUUUCACUGAGAGAAAAGAACCAACAAGACCCAGAGGACAGCGCCACCGUCUUUGUUGCGCAUUUGCUGAAUAAGGGCGAUACGGUGUCGGUCAAUCUGCCCAUAGGAUGCUUCCUCUGUGAUGACAACCACCACUUCAAUACUUUGAGUGUGUUUCUGCUCUACAUCACUAAUGUUUAG